GUGAUCAUCAGCAGAUGAUCAGCCGGUCCGUGAUCAUUACUUUUUGAAAGGACUGACCGUUUGCAGAUUGACACAACUGUUUCUCCGGGCUUUUGUGUUACUUUCCUUUCGCCGUGAUACAGAUUGAACAAAGGAGACGUCAAGAUGACUUCAACGUUGGUCUCCGUUAAGUUAUAUUUCAUUGUGAUAGUGGCUUGUAGUUUCUUCACCCUGAGCCAUCUCCAGUCCGGCGGUGCCGUUGGAUUAAACACAAAAUCCCCAAUGAGGGCGCUGAAACUUCUUAUGGUCAUCUUACCUAUGUCGUUUUUCCUGUCUUACUUUCUGGCAUGGAAAAUGCUCAUCAUCACCCCUAGGGAGAAGCUCCAGCAAGAAAACCCUAAAUGGGAACAGGGGUAUUUUCUCUUUAAAGUUUGGACGUUGCUUUUGUUUGUUCUACUUUUAUUUGCACACCUAAGCUUUCCUUACAUGCUUAGCAUGGGAACAAUGGUUGAGGUAGGCCCAGUGCCUUACAUCUUAUUCGCGUCACUAGGGACAUCUAUGAUAUUAGGUGGUGUUUUGAUCAAGAUGAAAGUCUUAGAAGUUUUAAUGUCUUGUCUACUCUCCGGUUUUCGUUGGAGAUGGUUGGAGUGUAACUGGUAUCUCAUCCGUGGUGCUCUGGUCGCUGUCAUUGUCUCUUGUCUAGCGACUGUGUCAAUGAUGAACGCUGCUGCUGGUCCAGUGGUUAAGGAAGUCCAGGUACCAGUCAGGAAACUACCGUUGUCCAUGAAUGGCAUGAAAGUCGUUCAACUAUCGGACAUUCACAUCGGACCAACUGUCGGACGGAAACAACUUCAGCAGGCUGUGGCUACAACAAACUCUUUAAAACCAGAUAUCGUUGUGAUCACUGGUGACCUUGUGGACUCGACUGUAGAGUAUUUAACGGAUGCAGUGGCACCACUGUCACAGCUGAAGGCCAGAUAUGGAGUCUUCUACGUUACUGGAAACCAUGAAUACUACACCCAUGACGUCAAGAACUGGAUUGAGCAUUUACAGUCACUAGGCAUCACCUGUCUGUCUAACAAGAAUGUAAAGAUCGUAGACCCAGCGAGGGCGCAAGACUGGUUUUAUAUUGCAGGGACGCAUGACAUUGAAGCAAAGCGGGUCAUGAUGGAUGAGGAAGAUCAUUUUAAUCUGGAUGUCGCCCUUGAAGACACCGAUAGUGAGCAUGCUGUGAUCUUAUUGGCUCAUCAGCCAAAGGCAGCGAGACUAGCCAUCCAAUCACAAUAUGACAUCAGCCUGAUCCUAUCAGGUCACACUCACGGUGGGCAGUUCUACCCAGCUAACAUAUUAAGCUACUUGGCAAGCCCAUACUUUGCUGGUAUGUACCAACCAAAGGAUGGAUCUUACGUCUAUGUAUCAUCAGGAUCAUGGUAUAACGGACCACCCUUAAGAUUGUUCUCUCGGUCUGAAAUCACUUUGCUAACUUUGCUGUCUACAUGAGGAUGUUAUAAGGUUGGGGGCAGGGUGAGGUUGAAGACGGGGCAGGUUGAAGUGCAAGGGUGAAUAAGGGGCAAGGGAGAUUAGGGGGCAAUUGAAGGCCAGUUUAGUUGAUUCUCUGGAAUGGGCAUGCUGCAUUUGAAGCUAACCAAAGCCCCUCAGGAUCUCUACUAACAUGUCCUCACUCCUGCAGGCCCAGUAUUUGGUUCUUGUAACUUGUACAAGCUUCACCUCUAUGAGGGAAAUGUAAACUUCUAACUAGGAAAAUUUCAAGGGAGCACCAAGGCAAUGACCAGUGGUUUGGAGGCCAUUAUCUCUAUUGACCCGUUAUAAGAGUAGGUCUUACAAUUAACAUCUGCAACAACAACAAUUCUUAAAUCCAGCUGAAACAAAGUAAUACUUUAUGUUUUCUUUGUGUUUAUUGUAACUGGUUAGAUUGAGUAGGGUUAGAGAUACAUUUGCAAUUUCUUGCUUUUUUAGCACCUUUUAAAAUGUUCCCUAGUUUUUAAAAUAAUCCUUUGUGAUUUGAGUGGGGGAAAACAACAAAAGGGGGAAUCUGUUUUUUAGUGGUCAGCUUUCAAAGGUAUAAUACAGGAUUGGUAGAGCUGACAAUUGUUGCCCACAGUGUUCAUGUGAUCAGCCAAAUACAUGAAAUAACAAACCAGUACAAAAUUGGCUUUCACCGUUGUGGGAGUCAAGUGAAAAAUGUUUUUGUAAACACAUUGCCAUAAAUGUGCUUGUAUUUACCAAAUCAGCUUUUGCUUUUUGUUUUUUAGGUUUUCUGAUGCACUUUUCUAGUUCAACUUCAUUGUGGAGGGAAAUAUUUAACUGAAAAAAUGGUUCUCGUAUGAGCUUCAUAAACAAUAUUUGAAGGUUGAACAAAGACAAAUUAUUAUAAUCAGUCAGCUUUCAGUUUUUUAUUUUAAACCUCACCAAUCCUAUAAAAUACCUUUAAUGUUUAUUCGGGGGCUCUUUUGUCAUAAUUCAUUACUAAUAAAUUAUUCAUCACUAUUGUAAAGAAUUAUUCAUGGAGUUGAAAAAAAGACCUGGGUUGAAGACUAUUGAUGGAGAAGGCGUAGGAAGUUGACAAACAGAAUCCACCAGAGGAUAGUAAUUUUAAAGAAAUAUUUGUGUGUGCGCUUGAAUAAUUAAUGAUUUUGGAAUUGUUAUGCAGUGUAGUUUUUAGUUGCUGGACAUAAAUGACGGAUCUACCCAGGGUUAUUUAUUUAUUUAUUGUGUAGGAAAUAAAUGUGUGCGUUUGGACGCUUGGUGAAAAAGAGGACUCGCCCAAAGAUGUAAACUUUACAGAAGUUUUAGUGUGUGAUUGAAUAUGCAAUGAUGCUUUUUAUAAUUGUUUUUCAAAUGUUAUUUUUAAGUAAAUGUGAUUGUAAAUGCUUGCAAUAUUCUUUUUAAAUGUGUGUCUGUUUAUGAAAUGAUCAAAAUUUAAAUUGCACUUUUGUAAAUUUUUGCCCCAUGAGAAUAGGAUAGCAUUUUGAAAACACAAAAUGGGUGAGAGUAAAUGGUCAGACAGUAUGAGGGUUGACUGUGCACAGUGUAGAUACAUCCAACGCAUGAUAUCAUAUUGCUGGCUGGCAUAGUUUAAAGGAAGGUUUAAAGGAAUAUUACAGAAUUGGUUUUUGCUAACAAAACAGUUGCUGUCAAUGUAAUCCUCCAUAUACAUGAUCUGAAGAACCUGUAGACGUUUGAGACUGAUCGGCCAUCUGGGUCACGAGAAAAUAGGGAAAAACCGAUUACACAUUUUGCAUCAUUAGACCGUGUAAGUUUGAUGUAAAUCUGUGAUCUUCACAGUUUUAUUUUCUUAUCACUUCUGUAACGUUUCUUUAAGCCAUAUUUAUAUAUCAUUUUUUUUUACCAAGAUGAUUGAUGAUUUUAUAAUACCUUGCAGCGAAUUGCAGUGAGUUUAUCUUGUUGUUUGAAUAACAACGUUAACCACUGUUUUUAAUGUUCUUAACAAAGACAAGAAAACUUUGUUGCUGUUUUGUAUAUAAAAGAUUUAUUAUUUAACAUCAAAGAUGCCUGUAACAAACAAUAAUCUUAACAAAACAUGGGAAUUUCACAAUUAAAACUUGAAAUUUUGAAAAAAAAUGCAGAUUCUUAACCGUAAUAAUGGUUUACCUUGACAUAUAAAUUAUGUAUAUAAUCUAUUUUCUUUUGCUUAUAUUUGGUUAUAUGUAGAUGAACCAAUUACUGUUGUUAAAAUGUGAGAGUAAAUCAGGAAAUUGUUUUGUUUUGAAUGAAUUGAAUAAAAAGUUACUACAGCAAUCCCAUAGAACAGGAAGAUCGCUAAGCACAGUUUGGUGUUUCUGUCCGAGCUGUGUAUUCAGAGAGUUGGGACAUAGAGGGACCAGUUUCUUUGGUCUAGUGGUUGCUGGACGCCAUUUGGGCUCAAAUCCUAGCAUAACUCCAAAUGUGCAGUUGAGUCUGACACCCUCUGUGAGCAAAUUGUUUUUUUUUCACUUUCUGAAAAAAUGUUUUUUUACCACAAGUUGUCACAACUUAGGAAAACAUCUCAACUUCAGAACGUCUUGGUUUUGAUUCCCACGCGAAUCCCCCCCCCCCCCCAAUCAGAGCGCACUGAGUAACAAUAUUGUUUAUACAUGUCCCUGUAAAACUUAAUAGGCAAAAAAAUAAAUAAAACUCAGCGCCCAUCUACUUCAGGUCUUAAAACAAGGAAAUCAAAUAGUAACUACUGUUGAACAACUAAAUGUACCAAAGCAUGCAAAAACAGCCUAAUAAUUCCUGCCUUAUAACAACUUAAUGUACUAAAAUUGGAUAAAACCAAACUAUUAAUUACUGUCCUAACAAUGUAUAAACUCAAGUUGAACAAAAUUAUAUAUAUAUAUGUUCAUGGCUGCUCUUUGUUUGGACACAUCUAUAUGGCUCAGUAAUGACGUCUACUGUUUUUGUUUAGUAUUGGCACUUCAUAAAACUCUGCUCAAGUACAACCCUUAAAGUGUUGAACAUUAAUUCCAACAUCAUGUCAACUUAACAAGACUGUAUUCAAACAAAGCUGAUAAAGAAAAUGGAAUCCACUACAACCCAUAAUUGGGUAGUUUCUUAUUCAUGGAAAUGUAGACAAUAGAAUGAGUAGGAUUUGAACCUCUGUAUGGUGGAGAUACUUACACCUCAGGUAAAAGAACUACCAAGUAAUUGUACUCUUUCGUUGGUAGUGGGCUUCACUCUAGCACUCACAGAAAAGUUACUGAACCACACUGGCGAUAAAAGUCUGUAACAAUAUGAGGGCACCAACAAAUAUAACUUUACAAAAAUCACUUCAUUAUCAAAAAUGUUUUAUACAAUUUUGUACGGACUGUUUCAUUGCACAUUGAUUUUUUUAUUUCAAAAAAACAAAAACUGAUUUGACAUUUUUCUUUGUAAUAUUCUUCUUCCCCUAAAUGGGUAAAGCAUUUCCGACAAGUUUCAAACAAGCCCCAACUUAGAGCAAUAUGCAUACACACAAAAUGUGAAAGAAACUUUGUAAAAUAUUCAUAAUAAAACAAUUUUAUAGAACAACAAAUCCAAAAUUAAGAGCAUAAAUUUGAAAAACUAAUCAUGGCAAGUCUGAAAAUAUUUACUCUGUCUGUAUAUUUACACUUUCUACUCUACACUUUCAAUGUGUUUUAAUUUUUGAUUAGAUUAUUUGUUUGUACAUUACUGUGAUUUACAAGAGCCUCAGUUAAUUGAAUACAAAAAUCUUUGGGGAAAUUUUCAAAGGAUCUUUGCACAUUUUCCUUGAAGAAUGACUCUAAACCAAUAAGAGGAGAGCAGAAAUGAUAAA